GCGGUAAUGCACCAAAUCGGUGUUUGCCAACCGCCAAUAAACCUCAAGAAGAAGAAGAAGCAACAGCCAGCUAGCAUAACGUUACAAGCUCGUACAGCAGCUAGAUAGAGCAUUAUUAUUUCCUAUUCAAACAUGUUUACCCAUAGAAAGUAACCCGGUUAACUAGCAGUAACGUAGACAUCAGUACGAUAACUCCGCAGCAAUUAGCGUCGUUAGCUUUAGUGGUUAGUUAGCUGGAUGAUACAGUAGCUAGAGCUAGCUAGGUUCUUGGCUAGCUUAGUUAGCUUCUGAUGUGCUAGCUAACGCUAACGCCACUUAGCUUAGUCGAAAGCACAGCGUGUUAAGUCAGCUUAGUCAACAAGAGGUAACGAUUCAUAUCGAAAGCGUCAACGUUGUAGAUUAAGCAUGGCGCUCAAGUCCGGACAGGAGCGGCUUAAAGAGAUGGAGGCUGAGAUGGCUCUUUUUGAGCAGGAGGUUCUUGGCGGUCCAGUACCAGCAUCAGGCGGCCCAGCUGUUCUGGAGGCAGCACCUGUAGCUCUUUCUGUCCCGGUGGUUCCAGCAGCGCGAGCCAUUAUAGGCACCAACACCUACAGACAGGUCCAGCAGACAUUAGAAGCCAGAGCUGCUAGUUUUGUUGGUCCUCCACCACCCGUCUUCGCAGGACCAGUCCCUCCAAUACGUCCUCCCAUGCUGAGACCAGCCUUUGUCCCCCAUAUCCUGCAGAGACCCGUUGGUCAGAGGAUGCCCAUGAUGCGCGGCCCUCCAAUAGCGCCUCCUCUGCCCCGGCCUCCUCCUCCUCCUCCUAUGAUGCUCCCUCCCUCCCUGCAGGGCCAGGCACCCCAAGGUGCUCCUCAGCCCAUCCAGCACAUGUCUGCUGCACCUCAGGUCCGGGACAUGGUCUCCAUGGUGUCGUCUCCACCCACAAGACAGGGACCCCCACCUCCCGUCAAACCGACACCGUCGAUCAUCCAGGCAGCGCCGACCGUGUACUCUGCUCCUCCUGCCCCCGCCGGGCAUAAAAGGAUAGAUUUUAGAGCUCAGAGACAAGCCAGAAUGGAGGAACUGGCAGCGCGGGUUGCUGAGCAGCAAGCGGCGGUGAUGGCGGCAGGUCUGCUGGACAAGAAGGAGAGUGAAGACAGCAGCGCCGUUAUUGGACCCAGCAUGCCUGAGCCCGAGCCCCCCCACACUGAGCCUGUGGAAAGUGCUACAGAGGACAAAAAGCGAUCAAAGUCGGAGAAGGUGAGGAAGUGUAUCCGCACUGCAGCAGGGACCAGCUGGGAGGACGCCAGCCUGUUGGAGUGGGAUUCAGAUGAUUUCCGUAUAUUCUGCGGUGACCUUGGUAACGAGGUGAAUGAUGACAUCCUGGCCAGAGCCUUCAGCAGAUACCCGUCUUUCCUCAAAGCCAAGGUGGUGAGAGACAAACGCACGGGAAAGACCAAAGGCUACGGCUUCGUCAGCUUUAAAGAUCCCAACGACUACGUCCGAGCCAUGAGGGAGAUGAACGGGAAGUACGUGGGCAGUCGUCCCAUCAAACUGAGGAAGAGCAUGUGGAAGGACCGCAACAUGGAAGUGGUCCGCAAGAAGCAGAAAGAGAAGAAGAAACUGGGCCUCCGAUAGUAAGAGACUGGGUUGUGCUCCCCAGGGGACAGAAAACAACUUUGUGAGAGAGCACGACUCUUAUUUUGGGUCGGUCCAAUCAGGAGAUGUACCGAGAUUGUAUAGGUGUUCACUCUUUUUUUUUUUUUUUUUCUCCUUCUUUAAAUAAAACCAUAAUUUCUUAGUUGUCGUUCAGAUCACAGUUAAUUUUACCAGAAUACACUUUUUCUUCACAUUGGUUACAGAUUCAAAUGGGUUCUUAUUGAAACUGGGCCACUGGAUUUAUUUUAGUUGUUCCCAGCCUAUGAUUUAGAAAAGUAACACACACUGAGGGCUUGUGUAAGCUGCUGAUCUCUGGAAGUAGAAAAAAAACGUGUUGCACCCUCUGCCUCCAUAUGCAUUUCUCUAUUUAUUCUGACGACGUUAAACAUCGUCAGAAUAAAUAGAGAGAGGCAUAUGGAGGCCGAGUGUUCAGUUGUCCCUAUCCUGUUUUGGCCUCAUUGUGGACGUGGGAGGUGAAAGUAUUUCCCAAGUAAAUAAGGCAAAAGUCUGACUUUAUCGGGCUUUAUCUUUACUUUCAUUUAUAGGACCCCAAACGUGCCUCGGAGAGCUUUCCAUACAUUAUGUACAUCAUACGGCACUGCUGAAUGCAAUAACAGAAUAUAAAAAUUUGUUGUCAAUAAAUGCAGGUCAUAUUAGUCCCUCGUUCCCCAC